UUUUUUUUUUUUUACUUACUUGUAUCCCUUUUCAUCUUAUUUACUCUUUUUCUUAUUUUUUUAUCUGUCUUUGUCCAUCAUGUCGAGCAGUGGAAGUGCAAGUGAUACGACAAUAGACCUUCCAGAACAACAUUCACACAAUAAUACUGGUAGUAAACGAAAAUCCGUUAUUGACACUCGACGAGCAGAACAGAAUCGUGCAGCACAACGAGCAUUUCGACAUCGCAAGGAAAUAUAUGUCAAGGAAUUAGAAAGCAAGGUACGAGAUAUGGAAAUACUAAAGGAUCGUGUCGACCGUUUAGAAAAAGAAAACGAUAGGCUCAAGCAUAGAAUAUGGGAAUUAGAAACUUCUUCUACUAUUACUACUACUACUACUACUGCUACUACUGCUAUUGCUACUACUACUACUACUACUCCAUCUUCUCCUCAUGUUGGUCAGUCGUCUUUUGUUGAUGAUAGAAACAAUCGCAUCACUUCCAAUGAAAACAACAAGAAUGAUUCUUGUCAAUAUUAUGAUCAACACCAACAACCAUAUCAUACCAGUAAUUCCAUUAACGAAACAAAGGAUAUCACCAAUCGUUCUUCGUCAAAUUCACCACCAAUAACAACAACAGCAGCAGCAAUAACACCUCCAUUACCAUCAUCAUCAUUGGGACAAGAUAUACGAUUUUCAAAUACCUCAACAAUAACAAGUCGUAAUACUGGAAAUAGUAAUACAUUGACGCACCCUAUCUUACCACCACCUUCACCAUCACCAUCAGUAUUUCGACCUAUUCCGGUAGCUUAUUGGGAUAAGAAAAUGGAAAAAAGACAACGAUCUAUGGAUGAUGAUUAUGAAAAUCCUCCUUCAACAGAACAAGGCCGUGUUUUAGAUGAUCUUGCUUCCAUUUUACGUACUCGCCAUCGACCACCUAUCCGUCACCAAGAACAACAACAUCAAGAACAGCAAUCGACAACAUCAUCAACCACGACAAUGUUAACCUGAAUCAGUGUAUGCUAGAUAAUGAUGAAUGUAUGAUUAUUUUUUUUUUGAUACUUAUUUUUCCCCCACUUACAUACACUCACAUAUCCUCAUUGUUAUUAUUCUUAUUCCCC